AGGAUGAACCUGUUGUAUUUGGAACCAACUCCCUCCAGAGGCGUAAAAAGGGUCUGGGCUUAACUGGACUGCGCCCCACCGGAUCGGGCUCCACCCACUCAAAGAACAAACCGGGCCUUAUGAUUGGGCUCCCGCAGAACUUCCGGCAGAUCUCGUCCAUCAUUGACGUGGACAUUUUACCAGAGACGCACAGACGCGUGCGGCUUCACAAGCACGGUACCCACAAACCACUGGGCUUCUACAUCCGCGACGGGGUGAGCGUGCGCGUGGCGCCGCAGGGCGUGGAGAAGGUUCCCGGGGUGUUCAUAUCUCGUCUGGUACGCGGUGGACUGGCGGAGAGCACGGGGCUGCUGGCUGUCAACGACGAGAUCCUUGAGGUGAACGGCAUCGAUGUAGCGGGAAAAUCUUUGGACCAGGUUACAGACAUGAUGGUGGCCAACAGUCACAACCUCAUUGUGACUGUGAAACCAGCGAACCAGAGGAACAACGUGGUGCAUCGUGGGAGUAAAACCUCAAUGGGAAACUCUGGUUCUGUGGGCUCAGCUGGAUCGACGGGCUCGGCUUUGUCACAUGACUCGCCGAGCCCCGCCUCUCAGAGCAACCCCAUUACCGCAAGCAACAGCAUCGCAGAGGGCGACAGCGACGACGACGACGACGACGACGGCGACCUCAUCCUGGAGAACGACUGCCUGGUCCCGUACGAGUCCCACCGGCUAAACAACAGCUACGACACAAACCUCAACAGAGACUCAACGAACAACCGGUCGCCCCGCUCCACUGUGGCGAGGCCCCUCCCACAGAGCAUCUCGUUGCCCAACAGCGUCGGGGCGUCUCUGACUGACAGCUCGGUGACGACGACGUCCAGACACAGCGAGAUCGCGGCCAGUAACAGUCGAGAGAGCAUGAGAGAGGACGGCAACGUGAUAACACUGUAGCAGGGAGGACUAUUACGGGAUGUCACAACCGCGGCGUGCUGUAACCGUGGUAACAGCAGGUAGCCGCACUCUCCCUGGUAGACGGAUGUGAGGCGGUGUGUUGCCGUUGGCGGUGACCGCUGAUCGUUUACUUUUAAAGGUGGACUGAGUCUGACAGGACACACACACACACACACACACACACACAGUUUCUCAUCUACAGUCAUACAGACAAUACGGACUUUUUAUAUGUCUGCAAGUGUAAGCUGUUCACCUGUAAGCUUCUGUGAGCAAAAAAAGAACUACAUAUACAUAGAGAGAGAUAUAUAUAUAUAUAUAUAUAAAUAUAUAUAUAUAUAUGUUCACUGGAAGUGAAUGAUUUAAAUGGGAAAGAUUGAGAAAUAAUUAUAAAAAGCACCUGUAAAAGCCAUAAAUCCAUUUGAGGUUCUCUUUCAAAUUUAUUUUUCCUUUCUUUUUUGUCCGAAGUGACAACCAUUAAACGAUAACCAUAAAUGUGAAUGACUGUGAAAUCAGAGCCAGGAGAAGCCGACCGGCUGAGUGCAUCAGGACCCUGUAAACAGAACGCUGAGAACAGCGAGAUGAAAUGAAAUAACAACAAUAAGAGAUGAAUGUUUAAAGGAUGAGCUCAGCGUGCACAGAUGCUUGUAAUGUUCACUUUCCAAAAUAGCUCUAUUAAUGGCAAAAACCCUGAGUUCUAGUCAUAAUAGUCAGGAAGUGGUUAAUGAACUGUCAAAGGUGACGCAAAAGGGAUUCAGUUAUUAGGUUUUUAACUUUCUUUCUAACUUCCUUGUGAUUGUUUUGAUGAUUUGAUUUUACUUUCUUUCAUAAAAUCGUUUGUUUUCAGAAUAUGAGACGUAAUUCAAACGCGGGGGUUUUAGGCAAACUUGUACUUUUACAUAACAUGAACUUUUUCUGAAACGUGUAUAAAAUUUAAAGAAAUGGAUCAUUGGUUCCACAACACACUACUGAAUAAAGAGGGUGGUCAGCUCGACUGUACUGGUA